CCAGCCGUCCUCGCGCGCCGGGCGACCCUCCCAAGCGCCCUCUGCGAGCGCAGGUACCCCGCUCCGCACCCCCGAACCCGCAGCCGGCCCCCUCGCCCGCCCCAGCAUCGGGAGCAUCCGCCUAGGGCGGCGCGUCCCCGAGGCCGCCGGGCCAGUCCAGUCCAUCAAUCGGUCGCGUCCGCUCGCGGUGCCAUGCCAUUCCUCGGGCAGGACUGGCGGUCCCCCGGGCAGAGCUGGGUGAAAACGGCCGAUGGCUGGAAGCGCUUCCUGGAUGAGAAGAGCGGCAGCUUCGUGAGCGACCUCAGCAGUUACUGCAGCAAGGAAGUAUACAAUAAGGAGAACCUUUUCAACAGCCUGAACUAUGAUGUUGCAGCCAAGAAGAGAAAGAAGGACAUGCUGAAUAGCAAAACCAAAACUCAGUAUUUCCACCAAGAAAAAUGGAUCUAUGUUCACAAAGGAAGUACUAAAGAGCGCCAUGGAUAUUGCACUCUGGGAGAAGCUUUCAACAGGCUGGACUUCUCCACUGCCAUUCUGGAUUCCAGAAGAUUUAACUACGUCGUACGGCUGUUGGAACUGAUAGCAAAGUCCCAGCUCACAUCCCUGAGUGGCAUCGCCCAAAAGAACUUCAUGAACAUUUUGGAAAAAGUGGUACUGAAAGUCCUUGAAGAUCAGCAAAACAUUAGACUAAUAAGGGAGCUGCUCCAGACCCUCUACACGUCCCUGUGCUCACUGGUGCAGAGAGUCGGCAAGUCUGUGCUGGUCGGGAACAUUAACAUGUGGGUGUAUCGGAUGGAGACAAUUCUACACUGGCAGCAGCAGCUGAACAACAUCCAAAUCACCAGGCCUGCCUUCAAAGGCCUCACCUUCACUGACCUGCCGUUGUGCUUACAACUGAACAUCAUGCAGAGGCUGAGCGACGGACGCGAUCUGGUCAGCCUGGGCCAGGCGGCCCUCGACCUGCACGUGCUCAGUGAGGACCGGCUGCUGUGGAAGAAGCUGUGUCAGUACCACUUCUCCGAGCGGCAGAUCCGCAAGCGAUUAAUUUUGUCAGACAAAGGACAGCUGGAUUGGAAGAAGAUGUAUUUUAAACUUGUGCGAUGUUACCCACGGAAAGAGCAGUAUGGAGACACCCUUCAGCUUUGCAGACACUGUCACAUUCUUUCCUGGAAGGGCACUGACCACCCGUGCACAGCCAAUAACCCGGAAAGCUGCUCUGUCUCACUUUCACCCCAGGACUUUAUCAACUUGUUCAAGUUCUGAAUCCCGGCACAUGACAGCACUUCAGAAGGGUUCCUGUGCUGAUUGGAUGGUUGGGAAUACAGAGUUUGGACACUUCAUUUGUAAAUAGUGUACAUUUUAAACAUUGGCUCGAAACUUCUGAGAUAAGUCAUUGAGAGGACAUUGGAGGGCAAAGAUGCAGUCGCUGGCUGGGAAUUUAAAAAUAUGGACUUCUCAUUAGAAUUGGUAUGGAAAAGCAGAGAUACUGUAAAUAAACUUUUUUCCUAACGAUUUGCCAGCAAGACUCUAAGGGCAGGAAUUCUAUUUCAUCGGUGAAAACGGAAUUCUCUUGAUGUCCACUGAAACUCCUUUAUGGUUCCCUAAGAGAUGUGGAAGAAAAGGGCAAAACUCAAAGACAAGAUAGAACCCUCUUUGUUUACAAUGUGAAAAAGCGUUUUAAAAAAAGAAGAAAACUGCAGAUGAGAAAUCCCUGGGCUUUUGGGUUGACUUGGGGUUUGUUUUGAAAAAGCCAAGGAAGCACCACCCAUUUUAAACCCACGUGGGCAUAAGGCCUUAUCUUACGAAGAUGUCACACAAUAGUCUACCUCGGAAAGCAUACAGUGCUCUCUCUGACGAAGUACGUGGUCCCAUAGGCAGUGUCUGUUCUUCUUGUUUCCUCAUCAUAUAAAAAGUGAUUUAAAAUGGGAAGGGAUAUUGGAGGCCAUCCUCAUCAGGUUUCAGACUUCCUUUUUAGGCUAAUGGGGCACUCCAGAGUUGCCUGUUUUCUAGAACAACCCCAAAGCAUGUAUGCCCUUUUUUCCUUUCAUGUCAUUAGCUCCUUCAAGGCAACGUAAGGCCAAUUAAAAACAGUCCCAGAGGAAGUCCUGCCGCAGAGAAGAUAGAUUUGUCACCCGAUAGCUGUGAAGACUUUCUUAUUCCUGUUUAACUUCUUGGCUUGUCUGGGCUUCCCAGGGUAUCUUCAAGGAUAAGCGUAUCUCUGUGGACUGGUCGGAGCCGGAGUGCUGAUAAAGGCUUGUGAAACAGGUUUUCCAUGUCAGUUAAACGUUUUACCAGCUGCUGUCCCACUUGGUGGGUGAGGAGCUGAGGAGCUCGCUUUUCUUUACGUCUGACAUCAAAAUUUUAGUCAACCUGAGUUAGGGCUUCUUGCAAGGAUGAUAAAAUAAAGCCUGGAAUUGUAGCCCAAUAGGGAACAGAGGUACUUACUAUGAGUUCAUCUUAAACUUGCUCCAUCCCCCAGGGCAUCUUGCUGGCCAAUCCCAGCAGGUAGCUGUGUGGAAGAAAGGAAAUCUCAGGACGUAAGGAGUUCAUUGUCAAAUAUUUCUGGGAGGGUGUAGGGAUGUUUUUGUUUUCUAUCUUUUAUUGAACUUUGCUUUUCGACAACAAUGUACAUAUUUUUGCAGUUGUGUCUGCUUUGCUUUUUUUUUUUUUUUUUUUUUGGCAAAUAAAGUUGCCACCCCACAUGCCCUUGGCAAAGAAGUGAGGCAGAAAUAGGAACUUGGUUCACAGGUGAGGAACAGUGUAUACUUGGAGGUUGAACUUGGGGUGACCUAAAAAGAGGAAAGAUGGUUAAGCAUGGACAGAAACGAGCCAAGGGACCAGCUAGUGGUGCAAGGCCCCUUCACACCUUUCCCUGAAUACACAACCCAAGUACCAGCAUUCAGAAGAGAAGUCAAUGACCAGUCAACGCUCCUCACUUUGCAAUGUUUGUGCCUGCUCCAGGGUUUCUCAAUAUUUAUUUUCAUUAUCACCCCCCUCUAAGAAGAAAAAAUUAAGUGAAUUUAAGAUCUCCCUAAGGAGAAAAGUUAAAUAUUCAAGAAUAAGAUCUUGUUGGGUAAUGUUGGACUUUGGAGGGCCACAAACUACUGUCACACCUAAGAGGUUUUUUUACAUUCCCCUGCCCCCCCCCACCCCCCCAGGGAAGGUCACAUCGAGAAUGCAGGGCCUAGACCGUGGAAUAAAAAGCUAGUUCUUCCCCAAUUCAGACAGGUUCUCUCGAACACCUCAGCUUCCGUAAAGGGGUGGGGUGGAGCUGGGUUUGUUGUUGCUGUGACAGCUCUGGGAAAUUUCACUUGGAUAUUUUUAGGUUAAGCGUUCAUGGCCUUCCACAUCUUCCCACUGACUUGUGACCCCCUUCAUGCUGAUGAAGGAGGUGGAAACUCCUCGGCAUCUUCAAGUUUGCAGUCCCAUAAAUGUUGCCUGCUUUGGACUGUCGGCACAAAACUGGCAAACCAGUCUCAUUUGGACUGCCCGCGAUCCUCACCUUGCGCAUCACACCCCAGGCAGCGAGGCGCAUCUGUGCAGGAUGACCCCUACCCCAAGGGACGGGGUUACAGUUCUCUGAAAGGUUUACCUAGAUGGUGCCUCUGGGCUCUCCUCAUCUCCUUCGGCAUUAUUGGAGGUGGUGUGUGACAGAGUCAAGGAAAAUUUUUAGGGAAAAAAAAAGAAGAAAGCAACAUUUGUGGUUCUGUUUCAUUGGAAGAGGAAAUGAGGGAAAUGGCAGGUGGAGAGGGAGGGGGAAAGGAAUAGGGAGAGCGUAUCUUCAAGGCUGUGGUCUCUGAGGGCAAUGGAGAAGAGCGUAGCGGAUGGAGAGCAUCUGUGUUGGCGCCACUCGUAGCUGUGAAGCAUGGCCAGAGCCUCACAUAUAAGUAAAGUGAGUUAAAAAAAUUCUUGUUCCCUGGGCACUAACUCUCUACAGAAUUUCUAUUGGCAAAGCCUCUCUGGACAACCUGACCUAAAACACAAAAAGAAUCCUUGUAUCAGAACAGCUGUUCUAAAAGCCAGAAGGGACAUGACAUGGAAAUUGCUAGAAGAGAUGGAAUGCUCUACUCUCUUGGCUGUACCUACCCUAUAACAUAGAAUUUGAAAAUGAUGUCAAUAUGAAGUAAUUUGGACUUCCAGAGAAGGAAAGAGUUUUGUCCAGGGCAGUGUGAGCAAAUCCACAGGGAUGUUACGAUUUGGGCCAACUGAAAGGUUUAUGAGUAAUGAGCCUUAAGUCUCCUGUGAGAAAGGCACAGCGUUUGGGGAAAGGAGAAUACGUGAAGUUUAGGAGUGCUCACUUUAUAGAAAGAUCCAGAAAAACAUCCAAUGUCAUUUUAAACUAGAUUGCAUUAUUACUCAACACUGUUGCUUUGAGCAGAUGGAUCCGUCGCAAGGGAGGGCAGGUGGCAGAAAGUACAAAGUAGAAACAUCCCCAGGGUGUCAGUUGUGAGAUGACAUUUGUUCAGUGAUGAUCAGUUUUAUAUUGAAGUGGCUCGAAGGAGAUAUUUUACGUGGGCUGGGUUUACACUGCAAAGCUCAGCGCAAGAGCGGGCUUCACUUAGCAAUGGUGACUCAAGGUAACGGAUGUAUACUGUGUUAUUGCCACAUUUCUCAUCUUUGUGGAUUCAAAAACUGCUUUCAUGAGGAGCUUGCAGUUAACAGAGCCUUCUUGUUUCUGUUGUUUUUAUGUGGGAGAAGAGAAAGAGCUUGGAAUUUGAUUUGUCUCAGCAAGUGGUAUGAUUUAUAAGAAGGUCAAUCAUUUCAAGACAUGUCCAGCAGUAUAUCAUUCUUAGUGUUCAGUACCGUGUUUAUCAUAAAAUAUGCACCUGAGUUUAUAUUUUUCUGCCAGGCUGUAGAGCAAUAAUGUCUUGCUAUGCACACACCUUCUUUUAUGUGUGAAUCUUUUUUAACUGUAAUUUUAUGUGUGAAUUUUUUUUAACUAAACUAUAUCAUCAUUUUCUAUGUUGACAUCUGUUGUUUUCUUUUUUUUAUCUGUUUCCAACGAUCUGAGUCUGUGAACCAUCCCUUCUGACUGGAUGCUGGCCUAAAAUCGUAUUAGUGUUUAAACAGACCUCAGAAACACCCUGAAGCUCUAGGCAAAGGCAGAGACGUGGCCCUUUGAUAUAUCUUGGGUCCUUGAUGUGUUCAACAAACAAGACUGUAAUUCCUUUAAACUCGACGUUUUCUAUAGAUGCUUUCUGCUCUGUUUUGUUAAGGACAGUAGACCCUCUGUGGUUUUCCAAGGGAAAGAAAUUCCUACCCCCGAUUUUCGAGCUGGAAGGGAUGUUCGAGGUGAUGGAGUCUGGCAUUCCUUCUGCCUUUGAAGACAAGGACACAGGUCCAGAAUGUGUCCAGAAUGUUCAGGGCACGUGCCUCAGCCUACCUGGUACUCAGUGGUGGACUUGAGCGUAAACCAGGGCCUCCUGUGCCCCCUGCCCCGGCACCUUGUGCUGAGGCUGGAGACGCAUGACACCCGAUACAAUUCUUCUCAAGACCUUUGCUGUGGGAGGCAAGCAUGACAGUCCAGUGUCAGGCAUCUGGCCGUUAACUUUUCCAAAUAUUUUAAGUCCCUGGUUCUUCCUGGAGAAGUCAAGGAGCCACUUAAUGUUUUUCCAGACUUCUGACUCUGUUGUGAGUACAGCAUUCUGGUGAGUACAGACUGUUCACCAUAAAGUACGCAGCAUGUUUUGACAAAUUCAUUUUUCCCUGAGUACUUACAUUUUAAUUACAAAGGUGGCCCUUAAGACAGAUAACAGCUGAGCAGCCAGCUUGCUUUCUAGAAACCGAGGUUUGAUGGUAACCAGGCAGAUGUUUCCUCUCCCCUUUGACUAGGAUACAUUUAAUCCAUCUUCUCCAUGUCCCCGUCCUCUGGUACCCGCUGUGAGACCUGGUGAGCUUCUAUUUCAGUUGAAGUUCACUCUCUGCUAAACCUCAUCUUCACUAAGCAAAGGAGAAUUAUUCCAUGAAGCAGCAAGGAGCAAGGGACCACCAUAUUUGUGACUUUGUCUGCUGGACAUUUUCCAAAGUAUCCUUGAACUCAGCAAACAAAGCUUCCUGAAAAAUCUCCCAAAAUUUAGGCCCUGCUCCAUUUGGCCAAAAAUGGAUGGCUGCUCCAAAACUCUAAACUCCUCGAAACUCCAUCUGCUACAACGUUACUUGUGGAUUUUGAAUAUGACUUUUUCUGUCUUGGAGUAUAGAGAUGUUUGUUUAAUUAAUGAUGCAGUAGUCUGUUAAACAGAAGGCUCCAAGCAGUGCUCUAUGCUUGAGAACUCUUGGCGCCAUCUUUACCAAAUGCCAAUCACCCUGGCUAAAGGGGGUGUAUAUUAAAGUCCAUGUCCUAAGCUUAGAAGCUUUAAUGUACUUUUCUAAUGAAAAAUACUAUAGGGGGUUGAACAUUGUAACUAAAAGUAUAAGAUUUAAACCAAUUCCAUGCAAAGAUGUUUAUUUAAUAUUGUGUGAGCUGAGUCCUUCUGUAUAAAUUAUUUGCACACUUUUCUUGCAUGAUGAACUGAUUUUUUUAUAGUUGUUUGUACCAGACAGUGGCAUAUUUUUGUAAAAAUUUUUUGACACUGAAUUGCAAUAAAUGUUUUCCAACAAUA